CAAAAUCCAGAGGCAGUCAAGAUGUCUAUAAGAAGCGAAAUGUCCUCGCACUUGGACAGAAUGCUCUACGUCUACAGAUCAGGCACCAGCUAUCCUCCCAACAGUUCAAUCCCCUUCAGGUCUUUGAGUCGCAAUCAGCAAACAUGAUUUCCGAGAUCUUCUGGGCUGCCCUUGUGCUCGGGCCUACGGUUCAGGGCGCUGCCAUUCCCGCAGGCCGGGACAAUGGCAUCGCUCGGCGCCAGGAGGGUGGUCUGCCUGGCUUCCCUGGCUUACCUACUGAUCUGCCUGGCCUGCCGUUUCCCAUUCCUGGCUUGCCCACUGGUCUUCCUACCGGUCUGCCUGGUCUGCCCACUGGCCUGCCUGGUCUGCCUGGCCUGCCUGGCCUGCCCACUCGCUUGCCAUUUCCCAUUCCUGGUUUGCCCACCGGCCUACCUACUGGACUGCCUGGACUGCCCGGUCUGCCCGGUCUGCCUGGUCUGCCCACUCGUUUGCCGUUUCCUAUUCCUGGCCUUCCCACCGGCCUACCCACUGGUCUGCCUGGUUUGCCUGGUUUGCCAACUGGCCUGCCGCUUCCCAUUCCUGGCCUGCCUGGUUUGCCCACUGGUCUGCCGCUUCCCACUCCUGGCAUGCCUACCGAUGUGCAGACUGGUCUGCCCACCGAGAUGCCUACUGCCUUGCCUACUGGCAUGCCUCAUCCCACUGGCCUGCCCACCGACUUGCCCACCGACUUUCCUUAUCCCCCUGAACUGCCAACUGAACUGCCAACUGACCUGCCUACCGACUUGCCGGCCGAGAUGCCUACCGACUUGCCUACCGGUCUGCCUUAUCCCCCUGAAGUGCCCACUGGCGUGCCAACUGGCCUGCCCACCGACUUGCCCCAUCCCCCUGCUCUGCCGACCGACCUGCCCACCGACCUGCCGUCCGACCUGCCGACUGGUGUACCCACUGACCUGCCUACCGAUUUGCCAACCGGCCUGCCGACCGACUUGCCUACUGGCUCGCCUACCCAUCUGCCCGUCCCGCCUACCGGCCGACCCAAGCCCCCGUACGGCCGCCCCAGGCCUCCGAUUGGCCGUCCCAGGCCCCCGAUCGGUCACCCCAUGCCACCGCGGCCCUCCAAGCCGGACGGCACUCUGCUCCCGCCCAUGCCAGGUCCCACCUCGCCUCCUUCACCCGACGCCCCGCUUCCUCCCAUGCCGACCGGGCCUCCUCACCCUCCAGUCUCUCCUCCGCUCCCGGAACCUCCCGUCGCCAGCUCGACUCUUUCGGGGCCGCCCGAGGAACCUACUUAUGCCCACUGAGAUGUCUGUGAGGUAGUGCGGAGCUCUGUGGCGAUGGGAUUGACGCGCAGCUGACUUGGAGGCUGGGACUUGGAAAACAAAAAAAAUAUGCCGAGAGGUUGUUGCUCAGUUUGCGCAGA